CUGUAAAGUCUGUGAGUCACUGCACAACCUAUCAAUCCAAUUAAAUGUCUUGAGCGAGCCGAGCAGGCGGUGCUGCCGCCGCCGCCGCUCGCCCAGCCGCGGCCGCCCCUUCUCGCAGCGCCCCUCUGAUCCAUGGCUGUCUGUACUUGUUACGGUGUAACCUCCUCCUCCGCCUCCUCCGCCUCCUCCUCAGGAGCCGCUGCAACUUCCCCUCAGCCAGCCUCCUCCUCUGCUUGGGGACUGCAAAGGCAUGGGAUAGACCUAGAGCCACUUCUCUCUCCCCUCCAGCCCUCGCUCAAUCUCCCCCCUUUAAAUUAAAGUCUAUUCCUCGCUCCUCGUCGUUUUAGGGAUUUAUUUGUCAGUCUUUUAUUUCCUCUGAUUUUAUUUUCCCUCCCUGGGGCAGGGGGGUCGCAGGGGCCGGUGGGUUUAUUUUAGGGAAGGGGCUCUUCCCCCCCCCCCGUUUCUCCUUGUCCCUUUGCGGCCGUGACUUGAUUUUCCUGCCCCUCUCCGCUCCCACCCCUCGAACUCAGCGUCCUGCACUCGAGUGACGCAGCGACACCCUCCGCCCACAGCCCAGACGUCCCCUCCCUCGCUGCCACCCCGACCCGUCUCGGGGCUGGACCUGGUGCCGACUUCACAGAAGGGACUUUGGGUUUGGUGGCUCAGGAUGUCAGAGUGAGGAAAUCGCCUCUGCUAGCCUGUUUGAAGACACUCGUCACAUGUCUCAGCUUCUUUUUUCUUCAAACUGGCUAGAUCCAUGAGGAAAAAUCAUCGUUCUGAAUCAUGGGCAUUACCCUAAAUGCCUCGUUUUUAUGAUUUUUAGUAUCAGCAUGGGCACUUCUGGACUCCUCAGCAACCAGUAAUCACACCAGUGGUCACACAGGAUGGUGUAGUUGCGGAGAUUGGGGACCCUCUGGAUUAGGAGCCUUUCACUUGAGAGAUGUGAACUUAGUGACGCAGGCAUUAGUGUGCAGACCAGUGACUCAUCCCAAAGCAGGCACCAGGGUCUUCACCCUGGUGAGGAUGUAGAAGGAGACCAGUUCUCUGGGAGCCGAGGGCCCCACUAGUAACUACCCUUCCCCAACAGAAGACACCAGGGCUGAGUUCUGCCUCGUUAACUGACCGUUGAGACAAUACGCCACUUAAGCCUGCAACACUCGAAAGCCCUGGAUUUCUAGUUGUCACUUACUACUCCAAAAGGAAAUUGGAACAAGCUUUUGAAAAUGUACACGAAGUACAAACCAUCGGGCCUUGAGGUGUUCUGGAGUGAGUCUUUUGGGAUCUCCCCUGUCUGCCCCACCUCUGUGUGUGGACCAGCAUCCCUCCGCCUGGAUGGAUGAGCUAAGCUGGGAGCCAUUUCCACUCCCUCCCCGGCCACUUGCCUCCGCUCUCAGCUGCCUCUUUGAUCAUGUGGUCAGUCAUACCUUCCCCAGUCAUUUCCUCCCUUCAGAAAUUGGAACUAAGCUAUCAAUUUUGACCUUCUUUUAAAUGCCUUUUGUAGCAUUAAUUCCCUUAGAUACUGAGUAGGAUGAGAUGGAGGGUUUUCCUUCUAUCUGGGGUGAUCACUAUUUGGGGGGAUGAAUUGAGUUAAAGCAUAAUGCAGUCUUUUGCAUCUUUUUUUGACCCGCAGCGAGUCAGAAAGACAGCCCUAGUGGUGCGCAGAGAAGGGCUCCCAGUUUGGGCCUCUCACAAGCCCGAGCAGUGAUGCUGCCCGCAGGGGCCACACAGCCCCCUCUGUGCACCUGUCAAUCAGCGGCCACUAGGCUCUGGGCCUCUAGGAAGCACUAGUGGCCACAGAGGGCUGCAGGUUAAAGCAGUGGAUUUUGUUGUUGCUAGUGGGGAUGACAGAAGUGGUGGUUUGCAAAAGUAGAUUUAAUAUUCUUAAUUUAAAAAUCAUAACAUUUAUUUUGACAGCUCCGAGAGUGAUUUAAAAUUUUUUUCCAAGGCAUAGCUUUUAAACAGUUGAAAAACAUUGAGUUUAAAAGAACAUUUUUGAUUGCUUGUGUUUUUCUUUUAAUGUUUGCAUUUUUUUCCCACAAUGCCUUAAAAAAUAUAAAAGCUACGAAAUGCUCCCUUUUAACACAUAGGUACUCUUCCAGUUUCUCUUUGGACAUUGGGCAUAAGGCCUCACUGCCAUUCACUCUGUGAUCACAGCAAGAAGAAUCUAGGCCCCAGUGAGCAGGUGGGAUCUGAUAUAUCAGUCUGAGAAGCUGAGCUUUAUCAUUAAAAUUGAGCUGAAGACAUCUUAAUUCUGCAUGGAGUCUUUCUUUUUUAAUGUCAGCUGCCAUCACAGAAACGCUGCUCAUUCUUUUUUUCCUUACCUGCUUAGGCACAAGUAAGGAAGCCCUUUAGGCUCCAGUUUAAUUGAGUAAAGAUGUUCUCAGGCUUACAUAUGAAAUAGCUGGAUGGGGAAGAAAGGAAGUCAUGGUUUUCAAAAUGAGGUCCGCAGACCAGCAUCACCUGGAAACUUGAUGGAAAUGCACAUCUUGGGCCUCCACACCAGACGGACUGAAUGAGAAUCUGGGAUAGUGUGUGUGUGUUUGGGGGUGGGGGGCAGCAUUCUGUGUUAACUAGCCCCCUUGGUGAGUCUGAUGCUCCCCCAAGUUUGAGAACUAAAGAUCGAAGGAGGCAUCCCUGCCCACCCGCUGUGCCUCGGAUACUGACAAAUCUCCUUACCCAGGGUCUGCCCUGUACAGCUGUGCCCUCUGAGAUCCGUUCAGCCUUCCCCUUUGUCAUACCCUCCCUCCCAUGCCAAGUUUACAGUCAGAGCCAAAGACACACAUCUCUGUCUUUGUUUUACAAUCCUUCUCUGGCUGUCCCUCAGUGUCUUUUCUCAUUCUUUCCAUUUACUAUUCAUCCAGUGACUCUUUCUGGAGCAUCUUCGGUGUAUCAGGGACUGCCCUAACCUGAGAACACAGAGACGAACGGAACAGUCUGAAACCCUCAGAGGGCUUACCGUCUGGGGUGGGAAACGGACAUUGAGAGACAAUCCCGCCUUAAACAGAAACCUCAGAUCCUAUCCCCUUCAGAAGUCCCCUGGUCACCUCAGUCUGUACUAAUCUCUCAGACUCCCUGCUGUGGGAGCCAUUCAUAAUCUGGAAUUGCAGACUCCCAAACAGGUGAUAUCUUCUCCUGUUUCUCUGGUUCUUUCUCUUCUGAGGAAUCUCCCAGUGACAUGUGACUUUUGACUAUCUGCCCAAGCGGAUGGUAGCUUUUGAGGGCAGGGUCCUUCCUAAUGAAAGCAGCACAACUGCAAGCCAGGUUUAGUAUCUGGAGAGGUUUAUUCACUAUUAAACUUCCUGGAAGACUCCGGCAGAGAAGUGUUCAUUUGUAUUUGCUACCCUUGAGUUUUGGUCUCUAUUUUCAAAACUUAGAUCGCUGCAGUUACUACUUGCCAAAAUUUACGUUAAGCAAAUCAGAAUGCUAGGAGUUUCUUUCUAGCAAGCUUCUUGGGGAGGGAGGGUGUUUUAUCUGGACCCUUAUAUUAAGAGCCAGUGAAUAUUCAAUAAAAGAGUGGCUGUGGUUAGUUUUAGGCCCCUCUGGGUGGGCAGGAAAGGGAGGGAGCGCCCACCUCACUCCCCCAUGUGGGGAUCUCUAACCAGCCCUGAAGCUCGGGCCCCUUCUGGGCCUUUGACUGAAAGAUUGGGUAGAAGACAUGAGCUUUGGGGCCUGGGUCUUCUCAAGCCAAGGGAGGAGGCAAAGUGGGGCGCCAAGCCUCGGGGUGGCCUGGAAACCGACUUAUCACAGGCCCCCUUUGGUGAACUACAGGCUACCACCCCGGUGUCCAGGUCCACCGCCAAGGGGCCUCUCGGGCAGGAACAGCAGACACCCCCUUCCCUCUUGUCAGCUUGAAGCCCCUAAUGAGCUCCAGCCACUGCUCCAUCCUCAGGCUGCAGCCAAGUGAGGCCUUUUAACACGUCACCUGCCUCUCCAGUGGCCUGAAGAGCUAUUGCUGUUGUCUUAGCGCGCCCGCCCGAGGAAAAGGCUUCAGGCAGCCUGGCCCUUGGGUUCCUGCGAAGCUUGUCUUUUCUUUGAAUUGUGUCUGCUCCAAGGUGUGGCGUUCACACAGCACCGAGUGAGGGUCCUUCUCACUUCCAGGAGCUGGAGGCCUCUUCUGAACGUGGGCAGAUGGGACUCUCAACAGUGUGUUAAGCAAACUUUAGGAAAACUUUAAUUUUUUACAAAUUUUAAAUUAAAAAAAAAUUUUUUUUAACGUUAAGGUUCUACGUAGGAGUGAGGAUUAGAUUUUACUAUGUUGUUUUUCACUCCUUUCUGUAAAAAUGUAGAUAGACUUCAGAUUACAAGUCAGGAUUGUGUGCAUUUUGCAAUCUUACUGGGUGUGUAGAGCAGUGUUGCCUCGUAAAAUGAAAUAGAAAAAUGAAGGCAAACCUGCUUGGAGCCAUACAUACUCUAUCAUGAGUCCUUAUUUACACAUUUGAGAAGCGUCCAGGAUUCGAUUCGUCUUGCCUAUUUGCGCUCACAGAUUUUGCUUACACGGGCCCUCCUCUGUCCCCUUCCAGAGAGCAUUACGAAUGUCUUACCAGGCUUUCCCUAAAUCAUUAAGAUUAUCACACAGCUAUGACCAGCUAGAUCAUUCUAAUUGGAAAUUAGGCGCUUCUCAUGUUGAAAUCUCUCUGAAAAGUAUCUCCAUAGAUCUCCCGCAGCAAUGGGAAUUCUGCUAAAUGCCUCUAGUACCACGUGCUUUUUAAGUAUUUAAGUUCUAUGUGCUCAGUGAUUAUUUCUAGAGAAGUAUGAGUUAUUGAAAAAGCCCUGUUGUUUUUUCCUGUCAACAAGUCCUUAAAAGACAGCUGUGCAUGAAUGACAAAAAGAAAGGAAAAGUCUAUGUUGUCUUUUCUAAGGGUUACUUCUCCAGAAAACCGGUAAAAAUUUUAAGUGGCGAUGAGCUUACUAAUUUGUUUUGAGCUGUGUAUUUGGUUUACAUUUUGGGACAGUGCUUCUCAAACUUUUUGUGAUGAAGGACGAUCUUGUUUGUGUUUUCCUCCUUUAUAGACUGAUACUUUAGAAAAACAUGACAAAAAUAAUGACUAGAAAAAUGAAAUGAGUACAAAAAUGUAAAAAUAGAAGCCUCGUUUUAAAAAAUUGUAUUUACAGAGAUACAAUUACUCUGUAAAUCUGCUAUAAAAGUUUCUAAACAAUGCAGUAUCUUUACUUACCUCAUCAUGAGCUCGUAACAGUUUACAGACUGGUUCCAUCUAUGGACCACACUUUGAGAAACACUGUUUUAGAGUGUGUGUGCGUGUGCACUUGUGUACUCUGGCACACGUUUGGAUGUAUUGGGUACAUUCAAAUUACAGCAUAUAACGUAGAUUAUAUAACAGCUUUAUAUGAUAAUUAAAUGCAUUUGGUGAGCUCUUUGGUAAAAAUGGAGUUUUUCUAGAAGUGACAUUAAAUGCUUCAAUUGUAAACCAAUACAAAUGGCAUAUAUGUGAAUACCGUUAUCUGUUUCAAAACACAGUUGUCCGGUAAUACUUCUAAAGCAUAAAGUAGAAAGUGUUUUGUAAUGUGAAAUGAAGUCACCUCCUCUCUGAUUCACACUCAAGUUUAAAUGGGCACAGAUACUUUAGAUAGGAAAUGUUCUGUGCAAAGUGUAUAUACAAAUGAGGCUUUUAGCACUGAACAGUAGGAAAUGUUUCUGUCAUGUGAAGCCUUAGAUAAGGGAGUUGUUACUAUCAUACCUUCCUUGCCUUAGAGAACAGUUAAUUAUGGGACUGGUCUUCGGUCCUAGUGAUAGACAGCCAUUUUCUUAAUGUUUACAAAGUGAGAGAAAGUGUUUCCUACAAGCAACUCCACAUUCUUUAUGAGUGUUAACAAAUUCUCCAGCUGAUUCUGACUUGAUGGCUUGCAGCUGUCUUCAUCCUUCUCUCCUGGAGACUGAGGCACGUGAAGGCAGUCACCCGGAGUGGGACCUGUGCACCGGGCUCUGUGUCCACCUGCAUGUCUGUCUGCCUGGAGGGGCAGCGUGGCCUUCUUUCACAAAGCCUUGGGAGGAAGUUCUGGGAAGUUUUAUUAUGGUUAGCCUUAUUCCUUUAGGAUGAGACUCCUAAUUGAAAAUGAUAAUGAGGUGUCUGCGAAGAUGUUCAGCCCCUUGAAGACCAGGCUUUAGUCCUGUGCAGGACUACCCACCUUCUGGCCGAGUGCCCAAGACAGCGUAGAUGCGGGAUGAGUUAAAGGAUUGAAGGAGGCCAUUCAGUAAAAGGCAAGUCGCCUUUAGAAGAAAAACUGGAUAACUACAAAGCACUUUCUUGUGUGUGACGAUAUCAGAAAGAGUGAGUGGCCUUGAGGAGAGCAUUAACACGUGCCUGUGGGUAAGUGGCGUAGAGGGCAUAGGGAGCGAGCGUGGGCCUGGCUUGAUUAGAAGCAUGUCUGCUGGUCUGAACGACGGCGUAAGGACAGCUUUCUUGAUUCACUGGUUGGAAGGUGAGGUCUCUGAGUCAAAGGCGGGUGGACUUGUGAUUGCCGUUUAGCUGGUAGAAGUUCUGAGAUGAAGGACCACUCCCCUGAAGGCACAGACAGCUGAGGGCGUCUCCACUCAGGCCAGAGCACACAAGGAGACCUCCGAGGCUGUGCGUGUCAGGCGAGAUAGGCAGGAGUUAAAAUCCAACCCAUUCCCCAGUGCUCAAGGUCUGAGAUAGGAGGUCAUUGUUUCUUUGAAAUCCCUGCUGGAAUCACAGUAGGUAUUGUUUUAAGAAAUGUGUCGAGUACCCAAACAGCAAUGCUUAUAAUCAGAGCAAAUUUCUUUUAAAUUAGUCCAGUUGCACUCAGGCAUGGCUGCAUGCGAUGAAAUUGAGCCAUGGGAAAACUUGGGCUGGGCAAUCCACCUUCCUCCACUUGAUUCUAGACGGAAAAGCAGUGGCAGCUCAAUCACUGUGGUCAGUUAACACAGUCCAAGCACUUCGCCACAUGUCACCAAACAGGCAGAAAGGCUCUAUGUGUGAUGAGGAAGGAAACGGCAUUUUGAAAGCACACGUGGUUCUACCAAAAUUGUACAUAUUCCCUUUUCUCCAACUGGGUUCUUUUCAUCGCUCUAGGUGUGUUCAAGCUGUAAUCUAUGAUACCGUUACCUGUUUAGGUCAUAGUAUUGUCAGUGUUUUCUUGGGCUUUAAAAAUAGAUCUGUUUGGGGGAGGGAAGUUGAACCUGCAUGGUAACGCCGUAGGCAUGCGAACGCAAGCCCAGGAGCACAAAGUCAAAAUCACGGUUUCCAUGGUAACGUUUAACUUGUCUGUGUUGUACACAUUUCUCAAGAAAUACAUUCAACAGACUACCCAGUGAUAAAAAUUGCUCCACCGGCACACAAAGAUAUAUGUUGGGGAAAGGAGGAAAACGGAAGUUUGACGAGCAUGAAGAUGGGCUGGAAGGCAAAAUUGUGUCCCCCUCCGACGGUCCGUCCAAGGUGUCUUACACCUUACAGCGCCAGACUAUCUUCAACAUUUCCCUUAUGAAACUCUACAACCACAGGCCCCUCACAGAGCCCAGCUUGCAAAAGACCGUGCUCAUCAACAACAUGUUGAGGCGGAUCCAGGAGGAGCUGAAGCAGGAGGGCAGCCUGAGGCCCGCGUUCCCCGCCUCUUCGCCGCCCGCCGACCCGCUGGGCUCCAGCUACCGGGAGGCACCGCCUGCCUUCAGCCACCCCGCGCCCGCGCCCUGCGAGCUGGGCGGCGCUGCGCCCCUGGAGGCCUGCCUCACCCCCGCCUCACUGCUCGAGGACGACCAGGACACGUUUUGCACUUCCCCGGCCGCGCAGCCUGCGGCCCCCGCCAGACUCGCACCUCCUGCCCUCCCGCCGGAAAAGGACAGCUUCUCCUCCGCCCUGGACGAGAUCGAGGAGCUCUGUCCCACAUCUACCUCCAUGGAGGCCGCGGAGGCCACCACCGACGACCCGAAAGGGGACUCCGGCGGGCCCGGCGCGCAGAGACCCGAGGGGCUCCAGGACGGCCGGCCCGACGACCCGAAACUGAUGGACUCCCUGCCCGGCAACUUUGAGAUCACCACGUCCACGGGCUUCCUGACAGACUUGACCCUGGACGACAUCCUGUUUGCCGACAUUGACACGUCCAUGUACGACUUUGACCCCUGCACGUCCGCGUCGGGGACAUCCUCAAAAAUGUCCCCCGUGUCGGCCGACGACCUCCUCAAGACGCUGGCCCCCUACAGCAGCCAGCCCGUCGCCCCGAGCCAGCCUUUCAAGAUGGACCUCACGGAGCUGGACCACAUCAUGGAGGUGCUGGUCGGGUCCUGAGCCCCGGGGCCCGUCGCCUGCACCCCGCACCCCGACAGCUCUCCGCACUGUGCAUGUACCCUUGCUUGCCUUUUUCUGAGAAAAAGAACAUUCUACAAAAGGAUCACACUAGUUUUUGCUUUGAGCAGAGUUGGAGUGCCUUCAUCCAAGUAUGACCACUUUUAAUAUGCUUUUUUGAGUGGUUCCUCAGAGACCUAGUACCCGGGAAUAGGAAAGAAUACAUUUGAAGACAAUGUCGCUAUGUGGAAUGACAAAAAUAAACAGCUCAAGUGAAGCACAAGGAAUAAGUUGGAAAAGCUGUAAAUUGCAUGUGCAUAUUUGUCUAUUUUUUCUAUAAGUUUUAUUGCAAGAGGUAAAAAAAGAAAAUAUAUAUAUAUAUUAUUUAGAUAAUCUCAGUACCUUUUCCGGCAUUUUCGCCCUGUAUAGGUUGACUUGGCAAUUCAGCCUUUUUAGAGGCAUUAACUACUCCUCGUAAGUGUUGCAUUUACAUGGCUGUUUAGAAACUGCUGCCCAAAUUUAUUUUAUAUUUUUGUACAGAUUCCGCAGUUUAUGAUAUUGUUUUUCUAAAAACAAAUGCUGUUUAUACAUAUGAGAUAGCUAUUUUGAUAGGAUUUGCUCACAUAGUUCCUGCAAACUUCAGAUGUACAAGUUGCACUUGUACUUUUAUAGAGUUGUAAUGUUUUAUAUGUGUUUGGUGCAAAGAGAAAAUUGGAUCAAAUCAAUCCGCAGUUGAUGUCCCCAGAUGCGCACACGCGCGCACACACACACACACGCAGCGCUUUAAGAAGGGCCAGGAGAUAUCACACCCAAAUUUCACAAGCACCGACCCCCUGGCAUGAACACCCGCCAGCACUGUGACUUCCAAAGCCAGAGCCACGUCUGCUCAUCAAACUUGCAUUAAGCAGUUGGCGGGAGGUGGCCAUGGAGCUCGGGGUUUAAGUGAUGGUUCUCUUUAGCUCUCUCUCUGGAGGGGAAGGCUACCAAGUACUCGUUGUAUUUAUGCCAAGUCUGCGCUUUUAAUUGUUUUUAUUUUUUUAAACAAAACCCCAGAUCUUUCCCUUUUUGGCAUAAUUUUUAUGAAGACCUGAAAUUUUACACACGAACAAAAUUUUAUGAAAAGCAACUGACCUCUUCAUGGAACUAAACCCUGUUGCGACGCUUAGGGCUCGUCAAGAAGGAACUCUCCCCCAGAAGGCAUCCAUCAUGUCGCUCUGUUGUCUUUUCCUGCUUCCCUUCCUUAGAGCUUUCUUUCCCUCUGUUGCUAAGUGCUGAAAAUGGCAUCUUCACGAUCACCACAGUGAGCCCAGCUCUCCUCGGCCCUGCCUAGGAUGCACUCUUGUAACACGCAUGGCUCCUGAACCUGGAGUUGAUCCCAUUACGUCACGGCCUCCGAUCUGGUUGCUUUCUUAAAUCAACUGCUUUAACUACACUUUACAAGGCUGUUUUACCCAAAUACACAGAUAGGACUUUCUAUGCAUGUUCCCCUCCUCCCCCAUUGCCAUCCUCUCUCUGCCAGGAGAACUUGAGAACUAGCUUUUUACUCCUAGCGGUGUACAUUUAAUUUUAAAACGUUUGCAAUGUAUCAUGCUUGUUGCCGAAAUUGUUAAUGGCCUUUCCGUUUCAGUUUUUUCUUUCUUCCAAUGGUACUUUAGCUGGUUACAACCUAUAUUGUUGAAAUGCAGGUGGCUUCUUUAGGAAUAACUUUUAUAUUUAUUUAAGAAUUUUUAAAUUAUGGGAUUUGUGUUGUUGUUGUUGUCUUUGUUGUUGGUCAUUUGUCAAUAUUCAGUCACCAAUUCUGCUCACUUCUUGCCAUGGAUAAAAUUGAGUCUUUCUGGCCAAUUAAAAAAGACAGCUUUAUAAAAUGGCACUUUAAACAAGCCAUAGAUAGUUUUAUUUUUAUAAUACACAUGGCAAAGCAAAUACACUUUGAUGAAGGAACUGCUCAUCUAAGCAAAAGAUUCGUGUAUGAUAUGAUUAAAUCUCUCUACGUUCUGAUUUACUCACCCCCCCCACCCCCUCCCGCCAACUUGAAUGUGUUUUUAAAGGCUAAUUAUCAACUCAGACGAGCAGUGAGAAACCGAUCAAACCACCGUUCUCCAGCAAGCACCCUCCACCGGACACCUCUUACUACUGCAGAUGUGUCAUUCCCUUUGAUAGGACCAGGGACCAUGUAGUUAAGGUGAGGGUUGUGGUAGAUGCUUCCGGUGUCACCGUGCCUGUCCGUUUGAAGGGCUUCCUUUUCCUGUAGAGAACAAGUCCGCCCAGGCUCCAUGCUUCUGCUAACUCAAGGACCUGGCAGACUCUCCACAUGCCGCCCGCAUACACAUACGUGUACAUGCACAAUAGUGUUGAUUAUUCCGGACAAUAACAGGGUAAGGCGGCUGAUUUGCCAUUGUUAAAAACUGAUUGAUAGUAACUUAGAACAACUGUACUUCGGUUGGAUUAGCAAAUCGUGUGUUUAAACAAAUCCCAUAUGUUGGGCAGCAGUUCAAAUAAGCACAGCGAAGUGUUGCCCACACGUGGUUCUCUGACUCUCCCACGUUUGUAAGGCUGGGCUUCAGGAUCAAAAACAAAAACCCCCAACAGCAGCACGCAAAUGCUUUUUAAUUCUCUGGACACCCUCACCGUAAAUUCUUGAUAUUCAAGGUCUAAUGAGGAAGACGUGGGGAAUUAGUGGCCCUGUUUCAAAAGAACAAAACCAUCAAGUGUUCCAGUUAUCUUUGUGUCUUAUUUUUACAAAGUGAUGUCCCGACAGGGAAGAACGUGAGCCUGUGUGUGAUCUCCAAGUCCCAGCUUGAGUGUGGGACGUGCUUCCAGAUGCCACCCGGCAGCAGUGCCUUCCCGUUUCUAAAGGACAUCCUGUGGCAUUCAGAGUCAGGCAGGCAGUUUGAGGUGCCUUUACGAGAGGGACAGAGAGACAUGCUGGGUGGGGCUGGGAGAGGACAAUUAUUGACAGUGAUGUGCAAUGAAGUGACAAGAUGAGAGCAGAAUAAUAAGAGCUUUGAAUUUGAAGUGAUUUUUUUUCAUAAGUUAUUUAUUCCUUUUUUUCUGUGUAAAUAUAUUUAUUUUACUGUGGAGCUCUAACAACAUCUGGAUCGUAACAUGUGCAGAAUGUAUGUAGGAAUUUAUUCUCCUGUAGGAAUGUCAAUCUGUAUUAAAAGGGGGUCCGAGCCAGACCCCUGGGUCUUCUCAUCGUAUGCACAGUCCACGUUCAUUUUUACUCUCUCCUCUAAUAUGGGUCGAUUUGAAAUAUGCAAAAGGUAUGGAUGAGGAAUGUUUUAAUACCUCCAAAUUUUUAAGAAAAUCAAGCAUCAAAGGGUUGAUAUUUUUUAAAGUUUUUCUAGUCGCACUUUCUCUGACAGAAGGGGCAUCCACACCGACGCCCUCGCUCACACCAAAAGGGUGAGAGCUAGCCACAGCCGCCUCCACCGGAGUGUCUUUCUCAAUUGUGCUGUUUAUUGCCAUAGCCCCUUGGAGUGUCCCAGCUGCUCUGAGAUCGAUCAAGGAAAUUCCUUAAAUAAAUAAACUCCAAAGAGCCAAAGUGUCAACUUACGGAUCAUUUUUAAAGCUUAAAUUUAUUAACCACCUUUGUGGUAAACAAUGAAUUAUGAAUCCGCAGGGCAGCCUUCUCAAAUGACAGGUGCAAAAAAUAAUAAUAAGAGAGAGAGAGACUCUACUUUGUGCAGCGAUUGUUAUUCUCUGUAUGAAUUGUCUUAAUUUCAAAAUCUUGCUGUUACAAAUUGGACCUUUAUAUGCUUUCUGAAAAUAAUUGAAAAGAGCAUAUUUAACCUGUUUCGGCUGGAAAUGGUUGACUUCCAGUAACUGCCAACGGCAGUGAGGUGUGUGCGUCCUGCUUAUGUACAGUUGUUUUCAGGGCUUCUAAGAAUGAGUCUGAAUGGUUCUUGAGAAUUAGCCAGGAUCAAAUGCUCUUGCAAGCAAAGCCAAUAAAAAUUUUGGACGUCUUUUGGGGAUAACAAGUUUGGAAGGGAAGUCGGUCCAUACGAGCAAACAACCAAGAUUUGGAAAAGAUGUACAUAGUGACAUGUUUGGUGCAUGGUUUUUGAGGAGGGCUUUUGUCAAACAGGAGGUGUAACCUUUCCCCCACAGACCUGAGAGCUGUGCCUUUUCUAUGCAAUAUUACUAGACGUUACAUCGGAACCCAGAUGGUUGUAUUCACAUGUAGGUUUGGGCUGUAAUCUAAACAAUUGGACAGAUUAAAUGUACAUGGAAAUGAGCAGUCUUACUUUUGUAGUUUUAUAUUAUACAAUAAACAGUUAAAAGAUGA